GUCAGUACUGCAAGUCAAAUGGACACUCAUUUUUUUUUUCAUCAGGGGAAUGGAAUGUCUCAGCUUCAAAACUUUUAGGUCAAAACACUCUUGAUAAAAACAUAGGGCAUCCUCUUCUGAUAAUAUAGUAACCUAACCUGAUGUAGAAACCAGAGUGAAAUGUUAUCGGGGAAAGGUAAGAAACACAUCACGAGUGAGACCGUUUAUUAACCUGACGGCCCGUCCUCUCGAAGCAGAAGGGUGAAAUGUUUUGCUCCAAAAAAAUCUUGAGGCUGGGUCGCGAAAGUCAAUGACAUGGGGUAACCAGUGAGCUCGUCUUAUUCUUAUCCGUACCCGACAGUUUGCGCUCUCUGCGCGUCCACGUUAGAAUGUGCCUGUGAUGUCACUGGCGCGGGGGUAGCUGUGCUCGUACUAAUCUCAGUCUCUGCCAGAGUGAGAGACAUUCACGAGGAGAAUGGACGGAGCACAGAGUGCCCUAAUGGAUAGUCGGUGUGUUUUCUGAAUCGGAGUGUGAAAUCUCAUCUCCGUUGUCACUUGCUGUUCUGCGUAUACUGGACUAUGCUAUGAGGACAGGACACAGCGAUGACUGAUGUGGAACCCGUUGUCACAGACUUUGCCUCGACAGGACGGACAGGCCGACGAAAUGCCAUGCCCGACAUUCUAGGGGCCAACGCCGGGCCCGAAGGCUCGGAACUUCAGGAGAAACUAGCCGAGUUGUCUGUUUCCGAUGACGGAAAUGAAGGAGGCGAGGGCUCAUCCUCCUGCAAUGCCACCAAGAGUCCUGAGGCGGAGGAGAAGAAGGAGGGCUCCUAACCAGCCUCCCCCCCUCUGCCUCCACCUCCUCCUCCUCCUCCAUGGCUGGGAGACGAGGUUGGAUGAUGUCCCCAGGAUCUCACACUUGACUCGGCCCCGGCCUGCCCCCUCCGUCCCAUCCCCAACCACGUAGACCAGACAACUGUUGCCAUCGGAAACGGGCUAUGCAACAUCAGGACACCUCCGAUGGACUCCGCCACAGCUGGA